CGAUAUAACAAAUGUAACACUAACAAUGCAGUUGAUGUGGGAUACAUUAUUUAAAUGUAGGUAUUCAGAGACCCCGUGUUUGGCCGGACAUCCGGUCACUGGUGCCAAGUAGCCAAGGAUCGGGGUCAAAGUACAAACGUGCCUGUUUUUUUUUGUUUUUCUUAAAAUCUUGCACGACGUUUUCAUUCUUUGUUUUAUUUUAAUCAUAUAACUAGACAAAGUCAGGUAUUAUGGGUUUUAUGCCUUUGAAUCGCCAAAUUAUCUAAGUGGAGGCUGAAAAUCCGUAAUCGCUCCCAUUUGGACGUAGCGUGUAGCCCAGAGGCCAUAAUUACAUGAUCCUGCGUGGCGCUCUCAUACUGGCAGACAGACUUUUAAUCGGACUUGAGUUACACAGUAAGGAGUUAUUAAGAGAUUUAGCCUUCAGUCUGAUUACCCCCUAGCCCAUUUUAUCUCAGGAUAGUGGCCUGGCAGGAGCUUUCUCUCAGACCGCCCUCAGUGCUGUGGCCGGUGUUAAACUCGAGGCCGUUAUGGAGCAGCUCCAGAGGCAGCAGCAAGCUAAACUGGACAUGGAGAGGAAAGAGCGACACCUGAGCGAAGCCCACAUCCUGUACGCCCAGCAGCUCGCUGCUCAACAUGCCAUCAUGGCUUCUGCCCGUGCCCAAGGAAUACCAAUAAACCCAGAAUAUUUUAGCAACAGUUCAAGGGAUCAAGUGCUGAAGAGCAGCCAAGGGCCUCCACCCAGGGUUUCUACACAAAGUAGUGUGGAAUCGGCGCAAGACGGGGAGGACGAGGAGGAGGUGAACAGGGGACCGGCUUCAACUGGAGAAGAGGAUGAUGAUGAGAUGAUGGAUGGUGAGGAUGGCAGUGAGGAUGAAGAAGGAGAGGGGCUGGAGUUUCUCAGAAAGCAGAGUCUGGCUCUUCAGCAGCAAGGGGUGGGAAUUGCUCCGUACCCUUUCCCAGUCUACGCUACCUCUCCAUCAGCUGCGAAAAAGCGAGCUCGCUCGCCUCCACCAAAAGUAAAGGAUGAGCCUGAGGACAGUCCAUCCCCUACUGAGCAGCAUGCAUUCAAUACGCCAAAUGGCCUUGCCGACUGGAGUUUUGAUGACUCAAUCAAACAGAACGGUAAUGCAAGCUGGAAUGAAGAAAGCGAUGGAGGGAGAGGAAGAGGGGAGGCCUCUAGAGACUUUGCCAAGCUUUAUGAACUGGACAGUGACCCUAACAGGAAAGAUUUUCUAGAUGACUUGUUCACCUUCAUGCAGAAAAGAGGCACACCAGUGAACCGUAUCCCCAUCAUGGCCAAGCAGGUUCUAGACCUCUAUAAGCUCUAUAAGCUUGUGACAGAGAAGGGCGGUCUGGUAGAGGUGAUCAAUAAAAAAAUCUGGAGAGAGAUCACCAAAGGUCUGAACCUUCCCACCUCCAUCACCAGUGCUGCCUUCACGCUCCGCACACAGUAUAUGAAGUACCUCUACCCCUAUGAAUGUGAGAAGAAAGGACUCAGUUCUCCUGGAGAGCUGCAGGCUGCCAUCGACAGCAACCGCAGAGAAGGCCGUCGGCCUGGGUACAGCAACAGCCUGUACCGCUUCUCUCCUUCCCCUAGUGGUGGUGCACCUCACCUCCUCUCGCCUCCCAAAAUGCACCUGCCCAACUCCGGGCAUAACGGCUUGCAGAGCACACCAGGUCCAGCCCUUAAGAAAGCGACAGUUCCUGAAGAUGGGCCAGCUUCCAUGCUGCCAGGUCGAUUACCCCUGGCCCUGGCACUAGGGCACCAACAACAGCUGGCACGGGCUGCCACCUUGGAGCAACUGCGUGAGAGGCUGGAGACCGGCAUGGGUGCGUCGCCUCUGGCUGCUAGUGCCUCUGCAAUAGAGGGGCCUGAGAGAAAGAUGGCCCGCCUGGCUGAGGAGCAGCAGAGGCUGCUGCAGCAUGCCUUCCAGCAGAACCUGCUUGCAAUGGCAUCACAAGUGAACCCUGCUAAUCUGCGCCUCAACACUACCAGCACCCCCCGUGAGGAAAAGCAGGAUAUGUCUCUCAGCAUCUCCUCAAAUGGAUCAGCAAGUAUCACAGUGUCAGUAGAGGUUAAUGGGAUCAUUUACUCAGGAUCACUGUAUGCUCAGAAGUCCUCUGGAGCCUCUGCUACACCUAUAGGCCAGAGUCCUGCUCUCAAUCCCAGCAUCCCCUCUUCUUCUAAAGGUUCAGGCUCUACAGAGCCUCCUGCUAGUGGUUCUCCUUAGCUCCCACCUGCCACUUGGUCUCUCGCACUCUCUUUCUUGGAGAAUCUCACCCUCAGAGAGUCCAACGGUCUAAAAAGCCAAGUCUACCUCUUUCGUUUGGGUUCAUUCUGCUUAUGCAGUUGAGCUUUGCUCUUUACCACUUGUCUGCUACAGACUCUCUCAGGACUUAAACGAUCACGAGAAUGAUCUAAUUACAACGAAUACCUCAAAUGUUUUAAUGAAAAUGUCAUGAGCAUAUUUCUGUGCUCUAGAUAUUUGAUACUAAUGCAAUAUGCCUUCCUCUAUGCAUUUAUGCCCAGAGAGUCAUCCACCUGCAAACAAUCAUGGCACAAAAUAUUCUGCCAAAAUCAUAAAGUAGGUGUUUGACUGUUGGACAUUUUGCAAUCAGUACUGUUCUUUCGAAGAGUUGACACAUCAGUAGUGGAUUUCCAAGCAUCCAGAUUGGAUUUUUUUUUUUAUUAUUAUUUCUGUCUGUUCUGUGGAUAUAGGAGUUUCAUGGUUUUGUGCAUUUAGCUUUAUUUAAAAUGGAUCAUCCUUUUUUUUCCUUUUUAUUUUGUACUUUGUGUAUUUACUUGAAUUGAUUGUGGAUUUUUUUUUCUAUUUUCUUUUUUUAGUUUGUCGAUAUCCAGAAGUAUUGUAUUGCGUUUGAAAAGAGUUUUGAGUACUGAAUCUGAUAUUUACAAAGCCAAAAGCAAACUUUUUAUUUUUACAUAGAAACUAGAGUUUGGUUUAAAGAAAAAAUGUAUCAAGAUCACAAUAGGGACGGAUGGUGUUCCACAUGUCAAUCAUUUACAUGGCAGCAUUAGACGAUCAAUUCUGGCUCCUAAAUCUGGGCCUUUAUUCCUUCAAGAAGGAGGAAUUAAUCAGUUGUCAGAAAUACUUAUGAAUCAAAUGAAUCAAACAAGAUAUAAUAAUAAUGCUGAAAAGAAGGACCAGGGUAUUUGUUCAUAAAAAAAAAUGUUUUCUCAAUUCAUACUGGUUUUAGUCACCUUGUGCUUAACUUUAACACUAACAAGCCCCAAAUUCUUUUUUUUCCCCUCUUUUUCACUUUUCCCCUCAAAUGGCUUUCCAUAUUGGAAAGCAAGUUUCUCAGGAAUUUCAAUUAAUCUCAGCCGUUUUUAUUUUAGCACCAAGGCACCUCAUGUAUCAAGGCUAGAUAUACCUCAGUGGAAGAAAGUGAAUAUAGCUACCUCAAAGUUACCAUUAUAUAGUAUGAGUUAGGAUUUAUCUAUUAGCUCCUCAAAUCACCGUAAAUUAAGAUAUUAAUAGCUUUAAAAAUUACCUCUUCUUGAAUUCUGAAGUUUUCUCAGGUUAUUAGUACAAAAUAUACCUCACAUUAAUGAAAUAGUAGAAAAAUUUUUUUUUACUAUGUGAGACGAGUCAUUGAUGUGCAGAUGAUUUCUCCAUUUGCUCUGUUUGUUGUACUUAUCUGAUGACUACACAGCUGAAAACCAAAGAUGAUCACACUGUAUUUCUACUGUGUUCUUACUAGUGUACGUACUUUAUUUACACAUGGAGCCUGACAAAGUGGAAUUAAAGUCUGAGUUAAUGCAACAGGUCA